GGAAGUUUCACCUGGAAACUGGGUGAAGUCACCAGGUCGGCCCAGGGAAAGAAAAGGUCCAACGUGAACGUCGUGCCCGUUCCACGCCGCCGGAACGACUCGUACAGAUUAGUGUAUCUUAACCAUGCCAAGUGGCAAGUUGAAGAAAUUUGUCUCCGAGAAGGGUUUCGGAUUCAUCACACCAGAUGAGGGAGGUGACGACAUUUUUGCACACACGUUGCAGUUUAGCGGAGAUGGCGACAGCCUGCGGGGAGGCGAGCGUGUGAUCUUCGAGGCUGAAUGGGACGACCGAAAAGGAAAGUAUCGGGCAGCCAGUUGGAGCGUGGACGCCAGCGGCGCUUCCACUGCUGCGAUGUUGCAAGGCACCCUGAAGAAAUACUUCACAGACAAAGGUUUUGGUUUCAUCGAGCCAGCCGACGGGUCGGAGGACCUCUUUGCGCAUCAGCGACAGUACACCGGGGGGGACCAAAACACCAUCCAAGAUGGGAUGAAGGUGAGGUAUGAAAUCGAAUGGGACGCCAAAAAGGGCAAGAACAAAGCAGGAUCCUGGUGCCCCGACAACGGCGGCUGCGGUGGCUGCGGUGGCGGCUUCGGAGGCUGCGGCGGCGGUUGCUGCGGCGGAUGCGGCGGAUGCGGUGGUGGAUGCGGUGGCGGCUGUGGAUACGGCAUGCAGCAGAACUACGGUCAACCCAUGGGUGGUGGCUGCCCACAGUAUGGCGGCUGCCAAGGUGGUUGUGGCCCCGGACCCCAAGGGCCGGGCGGCUACGGUCCCAUGGGCGGUGGACCUGGCCCUGGCGGGGACCCCCGCUACAACCCCUACGGACAGCAGCCGGGCUAUGGCGGCGGCGGCGGCUGCGGCGGCGGCUGCGGUGGGGGAUUACCACCUGGCUGGGAAAGCGCCCAGGAUCCCACCAGCGGCAAGACUUAUUACUUCAAUCGUGCCACCAAUGAGACGCAGUGGACACCACCUUCAGCCCCAGCCCCCAUGCCGCAACCGCAAGCGCUCCCCGCACCCGGUGGCCUGCCGCCGGGCUGGGAAUCUGCGCAAGAUCCUUCGAGUGGGAAGACUUACUACUUCAACCGGGCGACAAAUGAGACGAGAUGGGACCCACCCAUGUAAAUCUGGAUCCAGCUGCAAUCCAGAACGAUGAUGCGAUGCGAGCACCGCGCAGUAUUUUGAUGGCAAUAUGGACAACCACCAGCUGGAAAAGGACGCAUUAUUCAAAUCAGUUAUGUAUUUAUGAGUCGGUGUGCCGUGGGGAAAUUUGUAUAAAA